AUGCACCAAGGCUGGGCCUCCCGACACGGGCCCUUCCCGCCGCCCCCACCUCCCUCCCCCGGCCCCCAGCCGCGGCAGCGAGGCGGCACGGCCCGCAGACACCCCUCUGCCGGCGGACGCGGGUCGCCCCCCUUCAACCGCCCCGCGGCGCCGGGUCCGUCCGUCAGCGCCGCCCGGAGGCGGCGGGCGCGACGGCGGCCCCGCACGCCGUCCCCGCGGCGGGGAGGCAGCACCCGGGCGGCGGGGCAGGAGAUGGGGACGGUCCCGUCGUGUCAGACCCCGCGGGGCGGCGGCGAGCACCGACCGCCGCCGUCGUCGCCGCCGCUUCCUCCUCCUUCUCCUUCUUCUCUGCGGGGAGCCCUCGUUCCGCCGGCCUGCCGAGCCAGGCGGGCCGCUGCGCCGGCUACCGCGCUCCGAAGUUUCUUCUUCUUUCUCCUCAGCGUAGCCCACGACCUCCUCGCCCCGUCCGGGGAGACGCCGCCUGCCCCUGCGCUCCCGGCGGCGGAGGGACACCGCGGACAAGCUCUGCCUUACGCCCGCCGCUGCGGAAGGAUACACAACUCCAGAGGAAAUACAGACCGCCCCCCCCCACCCAUCCCGUGCCGCUCCCUGCCUCCUCCCCCCGCCGCCGCCGCCUCACGCCGGCCGGCGCAGAGGCAGCCCGCCAGCCCGCCAGCCUCCGCGCCUCGCCCGCGGAGGAGGGACAGCGCGGACCGCAGCUCCCAUGACCGCUCACAGGCCGGCGCUGCGCCGCGGCGGAGGGAUUUCGCUGAAAGAAAACAAGUCCCGGGCCACCCCGCGGCUCUGGGCCGCCCGGGCCGUGUGUGCGCAGAAAGAAGUCCCGGCCGCCUCACGCGGUGGAGGGAUUCCUCCGCCCGGAGCUGCCCUUUAAAUGCGAGGGACUCCCCGCCGUGGGGGCGAGUGGAGCUGGAAAACUCGCAGGCAAGCGUUUUCUCUGCUCAAAGUUCAGAAGUUUUAUGGCGGACUCAAUGUUUCGCGUUGCCCGUUUGUGCUUCUUGUCAUAUGAUAACGCUGAUUGCAGCACAGGCUGUUCUCAAAUACAAGUUUUAUUUUCAUAACUUUGCUAGAAGGUUUCAGAUCAUUUACGUUCAUUUUAAGGCAACCGUAGCCGUUGGUGGACGAGGAAAAGAUUUGCCAUGUAACAUCUCUCCCCUCAACAGCUACUCACCAGGAAUACCAAAAUCCUCAGUUUUAUUCAUAAUGCACCAGGUUGCUCUGUGUAUUUUUGGGAAUGGCUACAGUCAUCUCAGAAUCGUAGAUGUUGCUAGACUGGAGGAUGCUGGCUUCAGUCCUAACAGCAACAAGAGUUUUCCACAGCUCCGAUGACGGGUGUGGAGUCCUUAAUGUGGUUGAAGCAGCGGACCUAAACCCCCCUAUUUACACCCCCACCAUGGACUCCAGCAAUGUGAUCUGGUGACAAAGCCCUGGCUGCGUGUGAAAGGAUGUUAUGGUUUUUUUUCAGAACACAUUCGUCUGAACCUUAUUUCCUCUGCUAUUCUGGCAACAAUUAGAAAAGUUAAAGAAAAAAUAAGCACCCUUUCCAGUUUGAUUACAGUUGGGUUUGUUAUUUCUUCUAUGUUACAGCAUUUUCCCAUUGUAGGUCUUUCAUUUGAUAAAACAAAACACUGUCUUGGAAAAUAAGACAGUUGGGUAGUCAAACCUUGGUCAAAUCAUGAUGGGAUGCUUCAGGAAUAAAUUUACUAUGUUAAACAA